AUGGCUGAAGAAGAAGAAGUUCUUUAUAUAGAAUACGAAGAGGAAGAUGAAGAAUCCAGUAGUAGUGUUGAAAUUGAGUUUGAUACAAAUACUACACCGAGUUUUCAUAGAGUCUUAACAGAUUCAGAUAUCACAAGGAUGGCAAUGAAUGACAUUAAAAAGAAAUACAACGGAAGUAGUAAUUCUUCUGUAGAUGAGAGGAUUGUUCGUGACUUUUAUACAAUAUCAAAGAGGCAUCCAAAAGAACUUGGAUUUACAGUGCUGCCUUAUAACAAUGACAUACAUGUGUGGGAGGUUCGUUUAUGGAGUUUUGAUAAAGACACUCCAAUCUACAAAGAUAUGCAGAUAUUUGAAGCUAAGACAGGAAGAAAUUAUAUUGAAUUAAGAGUCUCAUUUCCACCAAAUUAUCCAAUUCAUCCGCCUUUCAUUCGUGUAGUCUACCCACGCUGCACAGGAGAAAGAGUCUUAAAUGGUGGAGCAUUUUGCAUUUCUGCUCUAACAUUGACUAAAGAAGAUGGCUGGUCACCAAUAUAUGAUUUUGAGGAUCUGCUUUCUAGUAUACUUGUAGAAAUGCGCUCUCAAACCGUAAGUGAUCCUCUGCGUAUUAAUUUUGAAAAUGAUACACCGUAUUCUGUUCAAGAAGCAAUUAGUACGUAUAGACGACUUGCAGGUAUUCAUGGUUGGACAGCUGUUAUUAAGGGAUAUACUCCUCAAUAA